GCCCAAGGGGUUCCAAAUCGAUUGGACCCACUGCCCCAAGGCGGAGGAUAUAAGUACAGGAGGCGAUCUGAAGCUCCGGCCACUGUGCACCGGCGGAAGCGAGCGAAAUGAAGCAUCUACUGACCGCACUCGUGGCCCUGCUGAGCAUCCUGCCGCGGGGCGAGGUCCUGGGAUCGGGAGCCCCCUGCCCGCGUCGCUAUCUGCGCAGGAUCAACGGCAAGUGCUACUACUUCUCGGUGAAAAAGAUGAACUGGUUCGGCGCCCUGAACAACUGCCUGCGCAAAGGACUCACCCUGGCGGACCUGAGCAACCAAAGGGACUUCGACGGCGCCGUCGGCUUCCUGAGCGGCCUAGGCAACACGGAGGACUUCUGGUUCGGGGGCAACGACCUCUACCACGAGGGCCGCUUCCAGUACAUCAGCAACGGGCGGCUGGUGCGCUACUACAGCAACUUCAGCAACGUGCUGCCCCUGGAGCACUCCGAGUGCGACGACUGCCUGGAGGUGCGGAUCCGCUCGCAGAUCACCAUGGUCUCGGCGGACAACUGCCAGGAGCGGCAGUACUUCAUCUGCUCGGAGCGCUACUGCCAGGACGGGGACGGCGGCAAGAAGCCGAAGCACCACAGCCACGAGCACCUGCACCACUUCCACCACGACAUCGGCGAGAGUGCCGACGGCGAGGUGGAGGAGGAGAACCACAGCCGCCAGCAGCCACUCACCAGUGCCUCCACCGAGAAGGAGGAGGCGGACUCGGAGGAGGCGGCAGGAGCGGUUGACGUGCCGGACAUCCAUGAGCCGGAGACGGAGGCUCCGGCUCCCGGAGGAGAGACCACCGUUGGCGGAGCAGCUGGUACGGAAUCAACUGUCGCCGGCGGCGCACCGGAAACCACCGCAGCAGCAGCAGUGGGAGUCACCCCAACGGCAGAAGCAGCUGCUGCGGGAGCCGUCGAAGGAGCAGCCACCACUCCGGCAGCUGCAGCAGAAACCACAGCCGCUGCAGCGGAAACCCCCGCAGAAGCAGCAGCCGCUGAAACUCCGGCUCCACCAGCAACCUAAGCUCAUUGCCCCACUGAAUCCAGCCGUUCUUUUCGAUCACAAAUAAACGACAGCCAAUAAUUAAA